CUCCCCAACUCCACACAAAACCCUUGCCCUCCAAUCUGGAAAAAUUUGAGAAAUCCCAUUUCUAACCAAACUCAAUCUUUCUCUCAGAGAGUGAGAGCAGAAGAUGAUGAAGGCGAAGGCGUUCAAAGGGGCGAACGUGUUCAUGUCGCGGAAGCUGGUGCCGCCUGAAGUCUUCGACAAGCUUCACGACGCGCUCAAGCAGAACGGCGCCGAGGUUUUCCUCUGCUGCGACCCCUCGCGCUCGGGUCCCGAUGAUUACCACAUCAUCUCUUCCCCCGAUCACGAGAAAUUUGAAGAUCUUAGAGCCAAAGGCUGCAAUUUACUUGGUCCUCAGUGUGUUCUUUCCUGUGCAAAAGAGCAUAGAGCUUUGCCUAAACAAGGGUUCACUUGUUGCCUUGCAAUGGAUGGUGUCAAAGUACUUGCAUCUGGUUUUGAGGCAGAUGAAAAGGUUAAGAUAGAGAAGUUAGUAACAGCAAUGGGGGGAGUGUUGCUUCCUAAAGCAUCUUUGGAUGUUAGCUUUGUCUUCGUGAAGAAUGUUUUGGCUGCAAAAUACAAGUGGGCUUUAAAUAUCCUAAAGAAACCAAUUGUUACUAUUCAGUGGUUACACCAAUGCUGGAAUGAGCAUCGUAUUGUUCCCCAGGAGUCAUACAGGGUUCUUCCUUUUUCUGGAUUGACAAUUUGCGUGACCAGAAUUCCAGCAGAUGAGCGGAAGGAGAUUGAGAGGCUUAUCACACAAAAUGGUGGAAAAUAUUCUGCUGAACUGACCAAGAAGUGCACACAUUUGAUCUCUGAUGCUCCUGAAGGUGACAAAUACAAGGUUGCCCGGCGAUGGGGCCACAUUCAUAUUGUAACUCGGAAAUGGUUUGAUCAAUCCAUUGCUAGAAGAGCAUGUUUAAACGAGGAUUCCUAUCCUGUUCAGGGCGGUUCUGUAACUUUGACAGUGAAGCAUAGCCUAGAGAAGGGCAUUGGAAAUUCACAAUCGGUGCAAUCCUCGGCAGCUACAGAUUUAAAUAUGCUACCUGCUACCUGCACUGGGUUUGGGGAUUCAGAUUUAGAAGCCACUCAAUCUCAGAACAUAUCUUCUGCAACUAUGUAUCCUCCUAUCUUUGCUAAAGAGGGGGAUUCCGAAACACCCUCUGUGCAGCCCAAAUCUGAAACAUGCCUUGAUGGUUCUGUUGCUGAUGAUUCUCAAUCAGAAGACAAUGAUCUGUAUUUGUCGGAGUGUAGAAUAUUACUUGUUGGCUUGGAAGUUUCUGAAAUGCGUAAACUGGUCAAUAUGGUGCGCAGAGGUGGGGGAUCCCGGUAUAUGUCGUUCAAUGAUAAAUUGACACACAUAGUAGUUGGGUCUCCUUCAGAGAUAGAAAAAAAGGAGGUAAGGAGCCUUGCAGCUUUGGGUGUCAUUUAUGUGGUUAAAACCACCUGGCUAGAAGAUUGUGAUUGCGAAAAGAAAGAAAUCCCUGUUCUUCAGAGACACAUUGCCUAUGAUCUACUGCUUCCCAAAGAUGCUGUCUAUGCCACAAAAGGAGCAGUGAAUGGAAUGGCAAGUUUAAACCAAAGUAAAAACUCCAAUGUUCAUCUAAGCAUGUCAUCUGAUCACUUACUGGGGAGUAGAUACUCUGGAAUCGGGUUGCCUUCAGUGGAGAAAAAUAGAGAAGAGAGGUCAGAAAUGAACAUGAAUGUAGGCGGUUCUCUUAAAUCAAUGACAAGGUUGUCUGAGCAAAGUCAACUUCCUGUUGUUAAUGAUAAAAAUGAUAGUCAAUUGAAGGAUAAAGAUAAAGGUCGACAGAACAUGCAACACGACUCCAUUGUUAAAGACGGGAAGCCAUCAAGUGUAUUCAAGGGGAAAGUGUUUCGCUUUUCAAAAUCCUUUCCUGAAGAUAGGAGAGCUGAAAUUGUUCAAUGGGUAUUUCAAGGAGGAGGAAAGGUGGUUGAUGAUCAUGUGAAACAAAAUGUGCAUUUCUCCAUUGAAUGUCAUGGUGUGGUACCCAUGCCUGAUGAUGCUUCCCAAACUGUGUGUGUAUCAAGUCACUGGAUCCGGUCUUGUUUAGAGGAUGGAUGCUUGCUGGAUGUUGGCAGUCACAUUCUCUAUUCUCCACUUCCCUGCCGGAUUCCCUUGCCUGGGUUUGAGAGAUUCCGAUUCUGUGUUUCACAAUAUGAGGAGAAAGAUAGACUGCUAUUAAGAAACUUGUGUUUUGUUCUUGGAGCUAAAUUUGUGGAAAAACUGACUAAAAGGGUCACCCAUUUAAUAUGUAAAUUCGCCAAUGGACCAAAGUAUGACGCUGCUUGUAAAUGGGGGAUAUGCUCAAUUAGAUCCGAGUGGAUAUAUGAGUGUAUCAGGCAGAAUGAAGUUGUUGCUCUAGACCCAUUUUGCCCAAAAGAAGUUACUGUUCAAGACCGAGAGGCAGGAUUGUGCACCAUGAGUCAGUUUCCUACACAAGCCAUGCAGAUGAUAUCUGGAGAUGGUUCCUCGCAGUUUCCUAGUCAACAGCAAGACCUAAGAAACAUACCAACUCAAUGUAAUGUUAGUAGGAAUGACAGCUUUAAGGGCGAGCCCAGACAAUCAAGUGUUUGCAACAAGAAGGCAAGGCUUUUGGAAGAUGAUGACCAAAAGGGUCUGCCUUCCUCUGCUGUACAUUUAAGUGAUCCUAUCUACAAUAUGAAUUCCACUGGAGACAACAUAUCGAGAGAUAAUGUAGAAGUUUCUCAUGCUGUUCCUGAUGUUGCUGCUGCUAUUGAGGACUUGUUGGAGCAGACAAGUAAGAUUCACGAACAGAAGUCACCAGGAAGGACUGGGUGUGAUAAAAGUCUUUUUGCAUCUGAUUAUUCAAUCCUUGGUCAAGACCAUGCAGAUGCUCACUCUGGUAUUGGGUUAUCUAAACGCUGGUUAAACAGGACUGGGAAAAAUGAUGACAUCAGCAAUCCUUCUGGAGGUGCAGGUGCAGGUGCAGGAAUAUAUGAUGGUUUUAGUGAAACACAAACGGACUCUCAGGUUGUUGGUUAUGAAGAAGAUUUGUCAGGCAGGCAAAUGCUUAUAGACAGAGUACGAACACGAAGUAGCUUGGCUUGAAGUACUAGAAGAGCCUCCAUUUUGAUGGCGGUAGAGUACGAACAGGAAGUAGCUUGGCUUGAAGUACUAGAAGAGCUUCCAUUUUGAUGGCGGUAGUAGAGAACCUGUACUGUUGGAAUGUUUUAUGGCAAAUUGAGGUUGUUUUGAGCUAGUGCAAGAGAUGCAUUUCUUGUCUUGCACGACUUCCUAAUCUUGCUGAAGUGCAUAAAGGGGAGAAAAGAAGCAAACUUGCCAAGCUGAGGCUAAGAUAACUAGCGUAUGCUUUGUAUCUACUUGUGUUUUGAGUUGGUAAAACAUUUCUCUGAUUUAUGCAGCUUGCGAAGCAGCAUCUCAUAGAAUUAGGUUGAAAAAAAUAUUUGAUGUAUUAAUGUUUGUAGAAUGCGCUCCAUGUUGUAAUUAAUAUUAUUGAUGUGGACAUUGUGGAGUGUCAAAGCUACUGUUGCAAUGAAUGUGCUAUUUCUUUUA